AUGUGCCUCUUCGACGAUGACGCGCUGGACUGGGAGCCUCUGCAGCUUCUCGACAGCGUAUCGCCACCCAUCCAAGUUGUGAGGGGUUACGUGCGUGACGAACAGACGACCCUCGAGAUUCGCAAGAAGAUCAUGAUGAUAGAAGAAACGUCGGUGGUCAUGGACGGGCGCCGCAGACCCGUCGCAACAAUCAAGGGCAACGCGUUCUGGUUCAACACCUUCAAGGCGAUCUACGACGCAGAUGGAACAGUGCUUCUCUUCAAGAUGCGGUACGACUGGCCAAGUUUCCAGCGCCGCUUCAGCUGUGAAGACGAGCAGGGCAGGGAGCUCUUCCGCAUCAAGCGCAAGUUCAAGUGGUGCGGCAUCAAGUUGAUCGCGACCAUUCCAAGCACGGUCGGCGACCUGACCCUGCAAUUGACGGAUGUGGACUGCGGGCACGCCGCAAAGAUCAAAGAUCUGCGCUCUGGGGCUGUCGUCGCUACGAUCUCUUACGCGCUCUGGAGGAGCGACCUUGUGCUCCAAAACAGGGAGGCGUAUACUGUUAAUGUAGCUGGGGGCGUCGAUCUCAGUGUCAUUGUUGCGUUGUGCCUUGCGUGGGACCAGGCCAAGGAGGACAACAGGCAAGAAUGA